UCAUAGGGCUUUCUGUGAUAUGCAGCGUCGCCUCAGCGCCCCAUAUCGGACCCAAUUGUAAGAACUCCUGGGCCGUAAGUAGAAGGCGUAUAGCUGUUUGUUUUCAGGAAGUCUGACGGCACACAACAUGGAUAGACAGCGACAACACUAGAGAGAAUGGCAACAUGUAAUGGCUUUUCUCACGCCAGCUCACGCUUUAAGACCGUCUUGCAGCGUCGUAACAGCAACCGGGUAUUUCUUCUGAAGCACGCAAGUAUAAAGCAGCAGUUCAACAUGCCUGCUGUUCUCUUUGCCGUAUCCGUACCUGUCGUAUUAGCACAGUAGCCUUCCGUGCCCAUGCCUUCACCAGCUUUGGGUUGGCCUCCAGCGCCGCGCUGAAAUCGUCCAGCGCCACCGACAGAUGGCCUUGAUGCAUCAGACACGCGCCCUUGUCUGUGUGAAGCAUAGCCACACAGACAGACAUCAUGUGUGCAUUGUUCCAAGCAGUGGCUGCUUACUGGCGAGAAUGACGGCUCUGUUGGCUGUGUCGGUCGUCGGCAAGCGCUGCAGGGCAUCCUGGUACGUGUUGUGCGCCUCGGGAAACUGGCCCUGAUUGUACAGCUGGUUGCCCAGUCUGCCAAGUUGUAGCGCAGCACCUCCCUUCAUGACGCUUGCCCCGCUCCUGGAUCUCACUGAGUGUCUG